CCACCGGUGGAUAAACCCUUGUUAUAAAAGCAGACCAACGUGGCAACUCACCCUUUCUUUCCAUUUAUGGACACUCACCCACGCUGUCACUCUCUCCUUCUCCCGUUACACACCCCCACAACUCCUCUGUUCCUUAUAAUAUGCUCCUCACAUUACAAUUUCUCAAUAAACAAACCAAAUGGUGGCUCUAGAGGAUAAAUCUCGCGGUGGCGGCACUGGCGGCGAUGGAGAUUUUUCUCCCUCGUUUUCAACGAGUUUGUUGUCAGGACCGCUUCAACGGCCAGAAAAUAUUAUUAAACCGGAGGAUGACAGUCCCAUAGAUUCAGUUACUACUGUUAAAGCUGAGGAAAUGCUACUUGUUCGUGACCCCUGUCCCGUCACUUGCUCUGCUUGCGGUAAAGCUAGCCAUGGUGGACCCCCUUCUUCCCCCUCUUCAUCCAUUAAGACAGUAGAUAUACAAAAGGCAGCGGCGGCGACGGAGACUGUCAAGGUGGUGAUGGUUAAGGAAGAGGAGGAAGAGGAGGAUGAUGAGGAUACAGGGGCCAUUGGUGUAGCCCACUAUGGAAAUUGCCUUAAUGGCGGUGGCGGUGGUGGCGUUGAUGGUGGAGGUGUUCAUAGCAAUGGGUCAUCGUCUGCGUCUUCUUCGGUUGAUUUGCCUAAACCCAUGCAAGGCUUACACGAAACAGGUCCUCCGCCGUUUCUAAAGAAGACUUUUGAGAUGGUGGAGGAUCCGGAGACGGAUUCUAUAGUAUCUUGGAACAAAAAUCGUGAUAGUUUUAUCGUCUGGGACGCUCAUGAGUUUUCUAAACAUUUGCUUCCUAAAUAUUUCAAGCACUGUAAUUUUUCCAGCUUCAUCCGCCAGCUCAACACCUAUGGCUUUAGAAAGAUUGAUCCAGAUAGAUGGGAGUUUGCAAAUGAAGGGUUUCGGGGAGGGAAGAAGCAUUUGCUCAAGAACAUAAAAAGGAGGAGCAGGUACAACAAGCAGCAACAAGGAGGAGCAAACGGUGGUGAUUUAGCUAAACCCGGUAUGGAAAUCGAACUUGAAAGUUUGAAGAAUGAUCAAGAAUUGUUGAAGGUUGAAAUCCUCAAACUCAGACAACAACAGGAGAGUUCAGAGAAUCAACUCAGCAUUGUUGAUCAGCGCACUCGAGUUGCAGAGUGCAAGCAAUUGCAGAUGUUCAUUUUCCUCUCUAAAGUGGCCAAGCACCGAAGCUUUAUUCAAAACCUUUUCCAGAAGAGAAAGCAACAGAGAGAAUUGGAGGGAGUUGAAUUCAAGAAAAGAAGACUGCUUCAAACCCAAGAUCCAGAAACCUCACCUGAUCCAGCGGAUGCAAACCAAACUGUCAAUUAUAGAUACCAAGCUCAGGAACAAUUGGCCACAAUGCAAACUGAACUAGCUGAGAUAUUAAGAGAGGAUACAGAGAUCAACCCAAUGUCAAAAAUCUUCGAGUCUCCCAUGAAUGAUGAGUUUUGCAGUCCUAUUCAAGACCAAAAGGACAAUUUCAUGUGUGGAACCAAUGAUUCGGAAUCUGUUUACCAUCUGAUGUCUGAGAAAUUACUGGAUGAUAAUGCAGUUUUUGAGAAUUUAGUUGAAGACUUAGAAAUGAACGACUCAAAAUUUUACCUUGAAUUGGAAGACUUGAUUGGAAAGUCACGAUCUUGGGGUGGAUAUGUAACGGAGGUGGUGGAGCAUGCGGGUUGUAUUUGAUCAGUAAUCCGACUUCAUAUGCAUUUGAUUGUUAAUUUGUUCUUAUGUUUUACUAUGUCUUAACCAGACAGGGAACCCAGUUGUGUGAACUGGCCCUUGCAGCUGAGCUCCAACUUCUAGCACACAUUUGGAGAUGCUAGUGUUGGACGGUGGACGUAAAUGUUCAUUUUUUUUUCCUUUGUUUUUCUUCAAUGUCACACCUGUAAAUACCAUAGUUUAUUUACUGC